GCCUCAUCAGCCUCGUCGUGGCGUACAUUAUUUGCAUACCUUCUGUUGCCGUGGCAGCUUUCUCAUGUUUUGUAGACUUACUUAUCUCGAGAUACAAGGGCACCGGUUGGCCUCUAAGGUCCCUUCCUUUUGGAAACCUUUCCAAAAAUCUUUCUGAGCUCCGAGGAGAAAACAGAAAACAGCUCAACUGCCUCUUAGAGCGAUUACUUUCCCAAGCUUAGAACUGCUACCCCCUAUUCGAAGCCAUGGCCUUUACGGCUGUCCACUACCCGACUGACAAAGACCAAGGGCACAUCCCCUAUUGGCCCGACAAUGAGGAGCUGGGGGUGGCAAGCGAAAACUUCUUUGACCAAUUCGUCACCUUUGAUGGCUCAGAUCCCACGGCUGCGGCACUGAGUGUCGGGCUCGAGGACCCCCCGAGUCCUUCCAUCCUGCUCGAUUCCCUCAAUGACAACCUCACCAACUCAUCGGCCAGCGACCAGGGCACGCAAUCUGGGCAGGCCCAAAGCGAAUCAUCGGCUACGUCUGCUUCGCUGGGUACACCUUUGGCAUGCCCAGAAGAAACGCCACUAGAGCAUUGCAAAUCUGUUCCCGCGGAGCUCACCAACCCUCUGCUGGCAGACCCUAUCCUGAGCGGCGGUUCAAUCUCAGACUCCGAGUUGCUACGCUUGGAAGGCAUUUCUCUAAAGUCACCAAAACCAAGCGUCACGACUCCUUCGAGCCCGCCUUUUGCCACGAGUUCCCCUAGCCCUCGCAAACAUAACCGCGUUCUAGACUCCAUCUAUGCUACGUUCCGCCGGGCGACACAUCGAUCAAAACCCCGGAAACAGGCGGAAGCGAAUGCGGAGAUAAUGAUGGCAGAUGCGUUUAAGGGAGGAGAGCAUGCAUCCUACGAUUUGCCAGCGAACCUUGACCUAAGCGACUUCGGAGAUAUCAAGCUAGAAGACAUACCGGUCCCGGUUGACAGUCACGGCAUACCUGUAUCGCCGCCACUCACGGGCAGGAUCCCUCCCGACCAGAACUCGAACGAUAUUUUGAACUUUGUGAACGGCCAUUUCGACGACCCGUUCUGCGAUGGUCUGCUAGCACCACCCGCCACCAUCCACCCGGCGGGUAAGAGCCACGAUGGUCUCUUAGACACACCCAUCGACACCCCGAGUCUGAACGACGACCCCUUCUACCACGGAAUGGGCAUCCUAGACACCAACGGUUCCUCCUUCCGCCCACAGCCCAAGCUCCGGAGCACAAGCUCAGCCGAGUGGCCGAUGGAAGGCAUCCUCACCAAUGACACCAACGCAAACGCCAUCUGGUCCUCCUCCGGCUCUCCCUCCGGCCCGUCCUACGAUGCCGGAAACCCCAUGGCGAGUCCCGGGUGGUGGGACACGCCGAAUGGCCACCACUCCCACCACCCUCACCACCACCACCAUCACCGCGGCAACACCGCACCCCUCAACCUCUCCAUGCACGGCGCGCCACCAGAUCUGCCCUACGAGUACGGCGCCAACCCCGACCUCUCCGGCCUCAUGAUCCACAUGCCGCAGCCGCGCGCCCCGCAAGCAGCCGUCCUCAGCUCCGGCGCCAUGAACGACGCAUACUACAACGGCAGCGCCACCACCCCACGCCACCACCGCCGCCACUACAGCGAGCAACGGCGCCCGCGCCCACGCGCCCCAUCAUCAGGGGCCCGACACUACACCAGCACCAACGGCGGUGGGAGCGGGGUCCCGCGCACGCCGCUAACCUCGCCGCGCAAGAUCUCCUCGGGCUCGUCGUCGACGACGACGACGGCGUGCUACACGCUGCGCGAGGAACCGCCGUCGCCGACGCCAAACCAGAGGCAUAGGUCCGCGUCGGGGUCCUCGCUCGCGGUGCGCAAGAGGCGGUCGUGGCGCGGGCGGCAGAACCUGAAUUCGAAUUCUUCGGAGCCGCGGACGCCCGGGGGCGGCGCGCGCUCCGUUUCCUCGUCGUGUCGGCCUGGUGGUUUCGAGGGUUCGCUUUCGCAUUCGCAUGGGCCUGCGCGCAGGGUUAGUAUGAGUAAUAUGCGCGGUGAUGGCGAGGGGGGCGGGGGCGGGAGAAGGGGUGGAGGUGGUGGUGGGGGUGGGGGAGGAGCGCUGUCGAUUGAGUUCUGCAAUUAUACGCCUAGUGAUAAGAAGGUGCUCAUGAAUGGCGUGGCGCCGAGCGGGUCCAGCAAGACGAAGGCGCGUCGCGAGAGGGAGGCCCAGGAGCACAAGCGUAAGAUGAGCGAGGCGUAUAUGCAGGCUAUCCGCGCCGCGGGCGGGGACGUGGAGAAGUUGCGCCAGAACGGGUUCUUUGGCGGUGGUGAGUAUGGAGGAGCGCAUUGAUAGGUAGAUGAGGCUACUUGGUGUCUGGUUAAUGGGGGAAAAGGGGCAGAUAUGGCCAGGCUGGAUCUGAUAACCGUUUGGUUUCUCCGCGACGGGAAGCAAGUGUACGACUGAUGGGCCGGCGCAUGGUUAGGGGUGGCCUUCUCUCUACUUGACCGAGGUGUAUUAAUAUCGGCUCUGUGUUUGUAGCGUAUGGAUACGUGCGUGCGCGUGGCCUCCUUUCUCCCGACACUAAUUACUCCGCGCUGUGUGCGCGGUAGAUGCGUAAAAUGCUCAAGGGGCAUCCACGCCGGUAGGGAACAGCUGCCUUUGGCUACGAAUUAUACCUAAUUAAUUUAGCUACAAUAAAAGUUCUAAAGGUGUGGUUAAUAGGGACCUUAAAAUAAAUUUACAUCCAUACCUAGGUAU